CUUUUUUUUCUUUUUAAUUAUAGCAUAAUAGUUUGAUUUAAUAAUACCUAACAUGUUUAGUUUGUAAUUAUUUUAUUUUUAUUUAUUUUGCUGAUUCUGUGUUUUAGUUUUAAAUUUGAGUUUUCACAUGGGUGAGAUACUUUGUGAAUAGAAAAGCGUAUCUACUGGAGUCUUCAGGCAACCAUUUAUUUACAGAAAAUGGAUGAAAAUCAAGAAACUGAUUCAAAAGAUAUUGGAGAAUAUGAAGAUGACUUUGAAAAGGACCUGGAAUGGUUGAUUAAUGAAAAAGAAAAAAGUGGUGCCAGCAUAAUAGAGAAGGUUUGUGGGAAUGAAGAGAAUAUUAACCAAGGCUUAAAAGAGAAUGAAACAGAAAUAGAACAUUCCAAGCAGCUUUCUGAUCCUGACAGAUCUUUCAAGGAUGAGGUUUCAUCAAUAAGAAAUGACUUCAUUUCUGUACCAAGUAUUCAACCUUUGGAUCCCAUAUCAGAUUCAGACAGUGAAAACUCUUUACAGGAAUCCAAACUAGAAAGCCAGCAAGACCUGGAGGAGGAAGAGGAUGAGGAAGUAAGGAGAUAUAUUAUGGAGAAAAUUAUACAAGCCAACAAGCUUCUACAAAAUCAAGAACCUGUGAAUGAUAAAAGGGAAAGAAAACUUAAAUUCAAGGACAAAUUAGUUGAUUUGGAAGUUCCUCCUCUGGAAGACACUGAUACUUACAAAAAUUAUCUUGAAAAUGAAAGUAAUGUGUCUGGAAAACUGUCUCAGUUAUGUAUUUCCAAUGAAUUUGCACAAGAAAAUGUGCUCCUGUCGCCUACUGAUGGAAAUUCUGAAGAAAACAAGGAUAGGAAAAUACUAGUAGAGAGAGAUGGAAAGUUUGAACUUCUGAAUUUACAAGACAUUGAGAGUCAGGGGGUUUUGCCCCCCAUUAAUAAUGCUAAUUAUACAGAAAAUGAGCCUCAGCAGUUGUCACCCAGAUCUCCCAAUUUAUCUGUCAGUGGAGUCAAGAAAGAAGAGCCAAUAGCAAAAAUUCAUGCUCUGGCUCACUCAUCAACAGAAGAGCAACUGGCUUAUAUCCCUCAGCCACCACCCAACCCCAAGACUCAUCCAGGUUCUGCUGCCAACUCAGAUCGAAGUAAGGGGAAUGGAAAAUCUAGUCAUAGGACACGGUCUGCAGAUGUAUCUCCAGUGACCUCAACAUACUGUCUCUCUCCUCAACAGAAAGAACUGCAAAAACGACUAGAACAAAAGAGAGAAAAGCUAAAGAGAGAGGAAGAACAAAGGAAAAUAGAAGAAGAGAAAGAAAAGAAAAAAGAGAAUGACAUGGUGUUUAAAGCAUGGUUGCAAAAGAAGAGAGAGCAAUUCCUAGAAAUGAGGAGAAUUCAGCGAGCAAAGCAAAUUGAAGACAUGAGCAGUAGACAGGAAAACAGAGAUCCACAGCAAGCUUUUCGAUUAUGGCUUAAAAAAAAGCACGAAGAACAGUUGAAAGAAAGAAAGACAGAAGAACUGCGAAAGCAAGAGGAAUGCUUAUUCUUCCUUAAAGGAACAGAAGGCCGUGAAAGGGCCUUUAAACAAUGGCUAAGAAGGAAACGGAUAGAAAAACUAGCAGAGCAGCAAGCUGUCAAAGAAAGAACUAGACAGCUCCGACUGGAAGCAAAGCGUUCUAAACAGUUACAGUACCACCUAUAUAAUAUGUCAGAAGCCAAAUCUUUUCGUUUUACUGAUCAUUACAGCUGAAGGUAUCUAUUAAAUACUUCAUUUGGAAGCUACUGUCCUCAAAAUUUUGGAUAUCAUUUCUUAUGGCCGGUGUGCUUUGGUCAUACUCUAAAUUAUGGAAAUGCUAUUUAUCUUUUGGUAAUGUUGAUAGUGAAUUUAUCUUAUUUCUUUUAAACUAGAGCAAAAUAAAUUUCUUCCGUCAUAGCAUUGUAAUGUGUUAUACCACCUCUUAGUCCAUGCAAAAAAUUGAACAACAAAUAAACUGUACAUUCCUUUACUUCUAAAUUAUUUUAACAUGUCUAGCUGGAACAGACACAUAAAAGGGACAGAUAUCUAUUAUUAGUUUCUGUUAUCAUUUUAAAAAAAAUGCAAUAGAACAUUUCAUAAGGCAGGAGGAGUGACCUCUUAAACAAGCCUGGUUCAAGGCCUGAUACAAAGUCCUAAUUAUGUCAGAUUUGAAUUUGAAUACCUAUGGCAAGCUAAACCGUAGGUUAGGCCUACUUCCACGUGAUCUUUAAAAAAAAAAAGAUAGUAACAAUUAUGUAUACUAUUUUGGGUAUGUUAUACAAAAUUAUCCAGCUCUUAUUGAGAGUUUAUAUAAUGUGCCUGGUAUUGUUGUAAAUGCUUUGCGUAAAUAAUUUGAUCUAAUCCUUAUAACAACCCUGUUAGUCUUGUUUUGCAGAUGAGGAAACCAAAGUACAGAGGUGAGCAGUUUGCUCACAGAUACUGAGAUCUGAAUGAUUGCAAAAUCCUUUCUGUUAGUUAUAUUGUAAAGCUUACAUACCUUGGUAGACAUCUGUGGGUAUAUAGGACUAUACAGGAAUCCAGUGUGUGGGAGAACAGUAUCCUUGAUAUGUGUAAGAGCACUUAAGGACUGGAGGACAAAGGCAAACAUACAAGUGUGAUGGGGAGUGGAGAACUGCUGUAAGAGUUCUGUUAAAGCUUCAAAAGACAAGGUUCUUAUCAACUGGGUAUUUGUACCUUAAUCACUUGACCGUAAAUUAGAAAACACAGAGAACUAUUCAAUCCUGUCUCAACUUCCUAUAGCACUUUUGAGCAUACACCAGGCAACUUAACAUUUCAUUAUAAAUAGUCUUUUGUUGUUUAAAGUUUAUCCUUAAUGAUAAAAACCAAUUUGGCAUUUAAAUAUUCCACAACACUUUUACAAAAAAAGCUGUUGGAAUUUUCAUAAGGAUUGCAGUGAAUCUGUAGAUGGCUUUAGGUACUAUUGCCACCUUAAUGAUAUUGUCUUCUAAUCCAUAAACACAGGAUGUCUUUUCAUUUAGUGCAGCAAUGUUUUAUAGUUUUCAGUGUACAAAUCUUUCACCUACCUGGUUAAUUUUAUUCAUAGAUAUUUAUUCUUUUGGAUUCUAUUGCAAAUGGAAUUGUUUUCUUAAUUUUCUUUAUGGGUUGUAUACUCAAAACACAAACAUAGGUGAUUUUUGUGCAUUGAUAUUAUACCCUACAACUUUGUUGAAUUUGUUUAUU